GAGUUAGGGGCGGAGCCUGACGGUAGGGGCGGGGGCUCCCAGGCUCCCAGGCGGGGCCUCCGCUAAAGGGCGCGGAGCACCCCGCGCCGAGAGCGCGGCGUAGAGCAGCGCCGGCUGGAGUGAAGUCGGAGACGAAGAUCGCGCCGUCCCAGCCCGCCCGCCAGCGUCCACGCCGCUCCCGCACCCUUACCCCUGCCGGCCCUUGCCGGCGCGACCGGCGGCCAUGCAGCCCCAGGGCUGAGGCGGCCCCAUGGCGAAGCCAGCGUCCCCGCGGUCCGGGCAACGACGGCGCAUGGAGAACUUCCGUAAGGUGCGCUCGGAGGAGGCGCCGGUGGGGGGUGGGGCUGAGGGGGGCGGCCCGGGCUCCAGCCCCUUCGCGGACCUGGCGCCUGGUGCUGUGCACAUGCGGGUCAAAGAGGGCAGCAAGAUCCGGAACCUGCUGGCUUUCGCCACUGCCAGCAUGGCGCAGCCAGCCACGCGCGCCAUCGUCUUCAGCGGCUGCGGUCGGGCCACCACCAAGACCGUCACGUGCGCUGAGAUCCUCAAGCGCCGCCUGGCGGGCCUGCAUCAGGUCACGCGGCUGCGCUACCGGAGCGUGCGCGAGGUGUGGCAGAGCCUCCCGCCGGGGCCCACUCCCGGUCAGAAGCCUGGCGAGCCGGCUGCCAGUCUCACUGUACUUAAGAAUGUGCCCAGCCUCGCCAUCCUACUUUCCAAGGAUGCACUGGAUCCGUGCCAACCCGGCUACCAGCCCCCGAGCUCCCAUCCUGGACCCUCGUCCCAGCCAGCUACACCAACGUCCAAGAGGAGCCUAGGGGAACCUGCGGCUGGAGAAGGCUCUUCGAAGCGGUUGCAGCCUGAGCCAAGCGCUGCGGAAGAGGACCAGAGGGCCUGAGAGCUCG